AUGCCCUCCAUCAUGGCGGCUGGUUCGGGUGGAAAGAAGAAAUCGAAAGGCGGCUUAGAUCACGAGCAGAUUAUUAUGCAAUUUAAUCAGAUGAGACAGGAGUAUAGAGGUAUCAUGGGGAAAAUAGGGGAGCUGGAAAUGGAAGUAAAUGAACACGGGUAAGAAAUCCAAUAACCUCUUCAAAAGCAACGUGCAGAUUUUUUUAAUUUUCAAGCCACUAUAACGAAAUUUAAUACUCACAAUGGGAGUUAUAAUUUGGCACCUUGUGACUUGAAGGUUUUCAACAACAAGUGCAUAGAAGUUUUGUUUUAUGUUUUCACUGGAAAUUUAUGUGGCCAGGACAUUGGUAGCAGCCAGAGAUAAACAGAUCGAUGUACUGUACAAAGUAAAUGCAUUUUGACAGCUAAUUAACAAGUCAGUUUCAGUUUGGAGCGCGAUCAUACUACAUUAACUGGAGACAUUACAGUGCUUAUGUCUGAGACCCAUUCAGAAAUUCGGAAAGGUGUAAAAACAAUCAUCAGAAGACUUCCAACACACUUUGCUAACUAUAUAUGUCUUAUUUUUUUCAAGGAAUAAGGGGGAGAUAAGUAAUUUUGUACAUAAUCAGCAUUUUCCAUGAAUGUUCCAGCUUUGAAUCCUGAGAAAACAUUAUCUAUCUUCCACUGAUUUUUGUUUCAUGAAUUCUGUUCCACUUGUAACAUUCCAAAAAUUAACAUGUCUCGUCACCUCAGAACUUACUGGUUAUCGCAGAAAAUCAACAUGAACCAACAUAAGCCAAUGGAGCGAGUCUGAACCCACUGCUCAACACCUCUAUCAUUAGCUAGAGCCUAUGCCUCCCAGGGUUCCUAAUUAAACUGAUGAAGGAGUUUGCUUGAAACAAAAUCAUGUAAAUUCCCCUGUUUAUUUGUAGUACCGUCAUAGAGGCACUUAAAGGCGUGGAGCCCGAGAGACGCUGCUUUCGAAUGAUUGGUGGAGUAUUAGUUGAGAGAACAGUAAAAGAUGUACUUCCGGCACUGGAAAAUAAUAAACAACAGGUGAGCUCCAGGUUAAAACCAGACUUGCCAACUCCCAAGAGGUAAAAAUCUUGAGAUUCUGAACUUAGAGCUGGGAAAAGCAGUGAGAACUGGGACAGGGUGCAAACUAAAAGAAAAUUAUUUUUACAGCUUGCCACUCGGGCAAGCUGAAGCUAGCAUUUACUAGCCCCAAAAGCUGUCUGAUGAGCAGAAUUGAUUGCACAGUUCUUCUGUUAUUCGAAUUCCUCAAAAAAAAUCACUUGCCCGUUGGACAAGUUACAAACAGAAUGCAUACUAGCUUGAUAGCAAAAUCCACUAGCCCUGGGCUAUCGGACACUAGUUUCUUUGCACGCUGAUUUGGGAAAAAGUCGUGAGAUGGACUUACAGCACAGAUUUGGGGUAUUGGAAGUCCUGUAUCUUUUAAAGCUGGAGCAGUAAAAAUGGUAAAGCUGUAUGGCUGAAAAUAAUGCACUUUAUUUGUCAGAGUGUCAAGGUAUUUCGCAUGAAGAGUACUUAUUGGGGACAGUGUUUUUUACGUGUCCAACUGGAGACGGGACCACCAUUUUACGUGGUCAUCUGAGCCAUGCAAAGGUCUAGCUUCCCUCAGUGCAAAGGGUCCGAGUACCUUUUCUUUCUCAGUUUUUUUUCAAGACCCUGAGUAAAGGUCUGACCACAGGAAUUGAACCUGUGACCUUCCGCUCUGCAGUCAAGCGCUCUACCGACUGAGCUAAUCCUGCCGUGGUCGAAGAACAAUGUAAACACUGCCCCAAGUUGGCAAUCCACACCUUUUGGGUGUUAUAGAGGAACUUAUUUCUUGGGUUGAGCUUUUUGUAAUGCAAUAGGCAUGACAUGUAGAAAAGAUCCCCUCGACCCCCAAAUGAGAGUUGGUCUGUAACUUGCAAUAUUUUCAACAGAAUGUUACUAACAUUUCUUCAUUUACUCGUGAGGAAAUUGAUCUGGGUAGAAUAUAAAAUUUUUUAAAAAUUAAAUAACAGUGAUAAUCAAACUCAGAAAUAUUUAUGUAUUAUUACUUGUUAAUUUUCUGUCCUCAGAUUUCCGGUCUUAUUAAUAAGUUAAAAGAUUCAUUAACAGCAAAGGAACAAGAACUGAAAGCAUUUAAAGAGAAACACAACAUCCAUGUCAAAGGAGAAAAAGAUGCCCCAUCAGAGGAGGCAGUGCAAACAGCGGAUAAGACAUCAGGAGUUCUAGUAGCACAAGACAGCUCAUAAAGGAUUGCACUACUAUUUAUAUUUUCAUAGACUGAAGGACAAUAUGUGGCUCGAAUAGUGGCACUCUGUAAAAACUUGCUAUGAUAAAUUUCCUGCAUUAUUUUUGUUUGUUUGAUAUAUUAUUAUCCCAUAUUAUUAUUACUGCACAGAAGCUUGAUUCUCCCUGGGUGAGAUUCUCGUAUUAUUUGCCGUUGGCAGUUUGGCGUGCCAUAGUCACUGUAUGCUUACAGAUGUUCAGAUAAUGGGAACUUCCCAGGACUUAGUUUACCAUAAAUGAACUGAGAGUCAAAGUCCUCUAAGCAGCAAAUUUUAGUGUGAUGGCUAUUAUCAGACAAGAUGCAUUAAUGUGUAUCAAAAUGACUGUAUUUUUUGAAAGAUUUGAUGCAUUAUGUUCAAGAUAAAAUAUGUGCUGAGAAAGGAGUUUGAGUGGAUGAGCUAGACUGAAGUAGAUAAAAAAUCAGACUAAACAAAAAUCUCUUCUGUUCACUCUAUGUAGAUCAGCUAUUCAACA